CACAUCUGGCGCCGCCCCUGCCCUAGGCCGCUGACAGUGCCCGCCUAUAGCGCGGCUGCUGGGGCCGCGCAGGCGCACAGGGCAGCGAGGGAAGUUCGAAUGGCCGCAAUGGGACCGUGGACAGAGGAUGGCCCCGGCUUGGCCAGUCCCGGGAGAGGCUUGAGCGCUGCCUCCCCGGGGCUGGCGCGGAGGCUUCGAGAGGCGCUGCUCGAAGGGCAGACGCGGGAGGUGGAAUCGCUGCUGAGGCUCGGGGCUGACCCCAAUCUGGUGCUCCCGGACGGCGUGGCAGCCGUCCACCUGGCGGCGGGAAGCGAGCGGGAGAACGGCCUGCAAUGCCUGGCCGUGCUGCUGCAGCACGGAGCGGACCCCAAUGCCCGGUCGGAGGAUGCCCUGACCCCUGUGCAUGUAGCUGCUUCCUGGGGCUGUUACAAGUGCCUGGAACUCCUUCUGAGGGAGGGAGGUGACCCUGAGCUUCAGGACCAGGAUGGGAAACGAGCUCUGGAGCUCGCCCUGGAGCAGGGCAACGAGGCAUGUGUUGAGAUCCUGAGGGAGCAUGCUGGCUCUGAAGAGGCGCCCCUCGGCCCAGCCCUUUGCAGAGGAGAAGAUCAAGGCAAGGAUUUCUCAGCCCUAAAUAGAGAUGACCUUGACACCAGCAUCUGGGGACUUUCAGACGUGGCAUUUAGCCCGAUGCCUCCGGGCAGCCUAGUCAGACACCAUCUGGAAGGGAGUGAGGCAGAGAGCGAGGCUUUGGAGGCUGGGUACACCCUCCCAAGCCAGACUCUCCCAGCUCAUCCUAAGCCUGACUUCAGCUUCCCUGCACCCUUCUUUCCCCAACCCACUUCCUCACCUUCCCCAACUCCUAAGUUGGGUCCUGUGGCCCACUUGCCACUGGAUGACAUCUCCCCAGACCACAGCUGCCUCUUUCACCCAGGCCCAGACUAUUCCUGUGAAGAUCAAGAUGAGACAGUCCCCAGCUCUCUCCUUGCUGAUACGAGCUCCUCCUCUAGCGACUCCUUCUUCACUGCAGUGGAAGCCUUUGGCCCUGACGCCCAGGUGCCCAAUGCUGUCCCCUCCAGCCCCAUCACCCCAGAUGCCACUGGGGCUACCAUCUCAGCCCAGGAAGGAUGGGAGUGGGUCCCAGCCAAGCAGCAUGGCAGGGACCAGCCCCACCCUACUAGCGCCCUUGGACAUGUGUUCCCCAGAUACUGGUUCUGGGUUUUCCCCCUAGAGCCCCAAGAUGUUACCACUAGGACACCCUGCAAGGUCCAGGGUUUGGUCUCCCACAAUGGUGAGGGCAACAGCUCCUUCCUUUCUGAUGAGAGUGUGGAGCGGGGCCCUCCCCUGAAGACGCUGCCCAGAAGGUGUGGCCCAGGCUCUGUAAACAAUGAGAGUCCCAGGGAAGGAAAGUACCUAACCCUGGACAGUUUAGAAGAGGCUAGAGCAGUUCCCCUCACCACCCAGACUGGCAACUUGGUAGUGUUCACAGAAGAUGCCCCAUUUAGUGAAUUCCUGACUGAUGACAAGACUUCCCAGAGUAGUGAGGAUGAGGCUAUCAUGUGGCUGACAGAGGAUGGUGAAGAUGAAGAGGACCAUAUCCCCCAAGGCCUCAGAGCCAGUUCCUGCUGGAAUUCCGGGAGGAAACCUCUAGAACCACCUAUGGUCCGUCCAAUCCUGCAUCCUCAACUGCUCCCCGUGGAACAGUCCCUGCAGACUUCUGGGCCCAAGCCCACAGAACCUCUGCAUACUGAUCCCAAGGCUGGGCCCAGCUUCCUUGACCAGCAUCUGUUGCAUGCUGAGGACACAGUCACAGAUGGACAAUGUAGCCAUCAUCCAUCCACACCCUUCCCAUCACGAGACCCUUCCACCCUGUCCAACCAGGAGCUGUUGCAGCAUCUUCAGGCCUUUGGGGAGAGCCCGGGCCCUGUCACUCCCUUCACCAGACAAUACUACCUGAAGCGACUGAAGGAGGGGAGCCCUGGGGGGCCAGCUGCCCCAGCAGGGUGCAGCCCAGAGCUGAGCCAGGCCUUGCAGACAGGCUGUGUCCCUAACGCCCAGGAUGAUGAGGAUGUCCUGGCCCAGCAGUUUGACCAGCCAGGCCCCACCCAGAGGUGGCGUGGGGGGAUUGUUAAGUCAAGUUUCACCUACCUGCUGCUGGACCCCAGGGUGACCCAGAACCUGCCCUCCCGAUGCCACACCUUGAGCCCAGCCGAAUGCUUCCAGACCUUUACUCAUGCCAUCUUCUACGUGGGUAAGGGCACUCGGACUCGGCCAUACUCCCACCUCUCCGAGGCCCUGCGCCAUCAACGGAACAGGCAAACUCAGACUUGCCCCAAGGUGCAGCGCAUCCUGGACAUUUGGGCAGGUGGCCGCGGUGUGGUCUCCCUGCACUGCUUCCAGAACGUCAUUGCAGUAGAAGCCUAUACGCGGGAGGCGUGCCUAGUGGAUGCCCUCGGGAUGCAGGUGCUCUCCAAUCAGAAGAAAGGCCACUGCUAUGGUGUGGUAGCAAGCUGGCCACCUCAUCGGCGCAGACGGCUAGGGGUACACCUGUUGCACCGGGCUUUGAGCAUCUUCCUGGCAGAGGGGGAGAGGCAGCUUCGACCCUCAGACAUCCAAGUUGGUAUCUGAGUAGUAGCAUCAACCUCUGGAUGUUGAAACUGGGCCAUGGAUGGCUCCAUCUCUCUCAGAGAUACAGGCCUGAGAGACCAUCAGACAUCCAGGUCAGACACUGAGUGGCCCUCAGACACUGUGAGUGUCACCCAAGUACCUCUAGCCUAUCCCAGAUGUGCACUCCUGAGGAACCCCAAUUCACUCCAGACAUUGACCAGCCACGGAAGACAGUAUUGACAGCCUCCAAGGAAACGGCUCUGAGCUACAUCUCCAACUGCUGGGAGUCACCCAUCCUAGGCUUUGCCAGGGGCUCAGCCUACAACAGGUGGUCAGCUCUGAUGAAUUCAGCAGCCCUCAUUUCUGUGCUUUAUGCCCCCAACGGCAGCUUGGACCAGUCAGCAAUGUCCCCUGCCAGCUGUCCUGUGUCUCUUUUUCUGUGGGAAUGCCACCCCUGUACUUCAGUGGGGCAAAGGGUCUUUUCCAGGAGGAUGGGGGCCUGGCUACUGUCUUCCCUCCCAAUUCCUGGCUCUGGAGAUACAGGCCCCAGUACAUCCAGAUGUUAGUGGCCAAAAGGUUUUCAACAAGAUCUUAUGACAUUGAUGAUGGAGAUAUUAGCCAUAGAAUCCUAGCAUACCAGCAGUGGGAGGGAUCCUCUCCACCCACUUCAUUUUAUGGGUAAGGAAACCAAGGCCCAGAAAGGGGAAGGGACUCACCCAAGGCUAUGCAGCUUAUAAAUAAAAUAACAAUGCCAUGACUCAGAGUCCAGACUGUGAGCCCACAUGAGCACCUUUUUAUCCCUAUUUACAGAAGCUGGUAUGAUUUCUUCCCCCUUCAUUUUAUCCGUGAAGAACCUGACUCUCAGAGAGGUACAGUGAUUUGCCCAAGGCCACACAGCUAGUCCCA